ACCUACGGUAAACGAUAUAAUUUUAUAUAGUAUCACAUCUGAAACCUACCCGGCAAUGUCCCCACUUUCCCAAUUCCGAUCCCGUUUACCAGAGACUCGACUCGACUCUUCUCUCUCUAGUCUCUUUUCUCCCAUUUAACUCUGACCAUCGACUUCUAUCGUCUCGCUUGAAAUUAUUCUACUUUUCAUCAAAAAAAUUUCCAAUUUCUUCUGUCUUUGUACUCUACUUCGGGCCUAUGAAAGACUCCGCCAGUGAUUCUUUGCUCAAACCAGAAGUUCUGAUCUUUUGGAGCAAGCACGGAUUGAAUUGGGAGGAAUAUGGAAGGAAUUGGUUGGCGCGAAUUUGUUGACCUUCUGCAAGUACUGAGCUGAGUAAGAAUAAAAAUCAAUGUUUUAGGUUUCAGCGGCUGUGAAUUGAUUUUGACUUUCGAUUUUUUGUAACUUAAAAAGGAAGCAUUGGCUAACGUGAUUCAGUUUCAUUCAAAAUGGAGACUUGCUACUGUAUUGAGCCCCAGUGGCCAGCUGAGGAACUUUUGAUGAAGUACCAAUAUAUAUCUGAUUUCUUCAUUGCUCUUGCUUAUUUCUCCAUCCCUCUAGAGCUCAUUUAUUUUGUUAAGAAAUCAGCAGUUUUUCCUUAUAGAUGGGUGCUUGUGCAGUUUGGUGCUUUUAUAGUUCUAUGUGGGGCAACACAUCUUAUUAACUUGUGGACUUUUACCAUGCAUACCCGAACUGUGGCAAUUGUAAUGACCAUAGCAAAGGUUUUAACUGCUGUGGUGUCUUGCAUAACCGCCCUUAUGCUUGUACACAUAAUUCCUGAUCUUUUGAGUGUUAAAACUAGAGAACUGUUUUUGAAAAACAAGGCUGCAGAACUUGAUAGAGAGAUGGGGCUCAUACGUACGCAGGAAGAAACAGGCCGGCAUGUUAGGAUGUUGACUCAUGAGAUCAGGAGUACACUCGAUAGGCAUACCAUACUAAAGACCACUCUUGUUGAACUGGGUAGGACGUUGGCAUUGGAAGAGUGUGCCUUGUGGAUGCCAACCCGGACUGGAUUAGAGCUUCAACUUUCCUACACUCUUCGUCAGCAGAAUCCUGUUGGGUAUACUGUGCCUAUCCAGCUGCCUGUGAUUAAUCAAGUAUUCAGUAGUAACCGUGCUGUAAAAAUAUCACCCAACUCUCCAGUGGCAAGAAUGCGCCCUUUUGCAGGAAAAUAUAUGCCUGGAGAGGUGGUUGCUGUUCGAGUUCCACUUCUUCAUCUCUCUAAUUUCCAAAUUAAUGAUUGGCCUGAGCUCUCUACCAAACGCUAUGCUUUGAUGGUUUUAAUGCUCCCCUCAGACAGUGCAAGACAGUGGCAUGCUUAUGAGUUGGAGCUUGUUGAAGUAGUUGCUGACCAGGUGGCUGUUGCUCUAUCACAUGCUGCUAUCUUAGAAGAGUCAAUGAGGGCAAGGGAUCUUCUUAUGGAGCAGAAUGUUGCGCUUGAUCUUGCAAGGAGAGAAGCGGAAACAGCUAUCCGUGCUCGCAAUGAUUUCUUAGCUGUCAUGAACCAUGAGAUGAGAACUCCCAUGCAUGCAAUUAUUGCACUUUCCUCCUUACUGCAAGAAACUGAGCUGACAUCUGAGCAGCGCCUAAUGGUUGAGACAGUACUUAGGAGUAGUAACCUCUUGGCUACUUUAAUAAAUGAUGUAUUAGAUCUUUCAAGGCUUGAAGAUGGCAGCCUUCAACUUGAGCUGGGAACUUUUAAUUUGCAUGUUGUAUUCAGGGAGGUUGUUAACUUGAUCAAGCCUAUUGCAUCUGUUAAGAGGCUGCCUAUUACAUUAAAUUUAGCUCCAGAUUUGCCAGAAUAUGCCAUUGGUGAUGAGAAACGCCUUAUGCAAACCCUUUUAAAUGUUGUCGGUAAUGCUGUGAAGUUCUCUAAAGAAGGCGACAUCUCAAUAACUGCUUUUGUUGCUAAGCCAGAAUCGUUAAGAGAGCUUCGGUUUCCUGAUUUUUUCCCAGUGCCAAGUGAUAAUCACUUCUAUUUGCGUGUACAGGUAAAAGAUGAUGGACUAGGAAUAAACCCCCAAGAUAUUCCCAAGUUGUUUACUAAAUUUGCACAAAAUCAAUCUUCAGCCAGAAAUUCCGGUGGCAGUGGACUUGGCCUUGCAAUUUGUAAGAGGUUUGUAAAUCUUAUGGAAGGACACAUUUGGAUAGAAAGUGAAGGACUUGGCAAGGGAUGCACAGCUGUCUUUGUUGUAAAACUUGGUUGGUCAAAUGAAUCUAAGCAUUCUUUCAUGCAGAAAGUGCCAGCAAAUCAUGGGCAGACAACUUUUUGUGGGCUGAAAGUUCUUUUAAUGGAUGAUAACGGGGCUAGCAGGACGAUAACAAAAGGACUUCUUGUGCACUUGGGUUGUGACGUGACCACUGUGACCUCCACCGAUGAGUGUUUGCGAGUGGUUUCGCAGGAGCACAAGGUGGUAAUUAUGGAUGUCUGCAUGCCUGAUGGUUUUGAAGUUGCCAUCCGCAUACAUGAAAAGUUCACAAAACGCCACGAAAGGCCAUUAAUAGUGGCACUUACUGCGAACACAAACAAGGUGACAAAGGAAAACUGCAUGAGGGUCGGCAUGGAUGGUGUAAUACUGAAACCUGUCUCUGUUGACAAGAUGAGGAAUGUUUUAUCAGAUAUCCUGGAGCAUCGGGUUCUAUUCGAGGCCAUGUAAACAGUACGGAUAUAAAUGAUAACACUUGUAGGAAGGAAGAACUAACACAGCAUGGGAGGGUUCGACGGAGAUUCAAUGAUUGCUGAAAGCCAGUGUUGUGCAUUCUUUGUGCAACCAGUUAUGAGACCCAGAUGGAACAAACAGUUCCAGGAUUGUGGAGAUCCGAGUGUAUCCUUGAAAGUGAAUGUAUUGUUCUUAGUGUUCUUUAAAUUGAUACUGUGAAACAGAUUGUCAUACAAUGAUAUAGCCUUAUUGGUCGUAUUUUCGAAAA